CUAGUACUUUGAUCCCGCCUUGCGCCCCAGCUUAUCUUAUCGUCCAACAUACUUACUCCGCUUGCAUGCGAUGUUCACCCUUCAUCAGCUGGACAGCAUGGCGAGGUCCAGUCUCGACCAAAGGGGCGUUACCAAUUGCCCCACCCAUAACUUGGAAGACGUCAAGAACUUUCCUGUCCUCCGCCAGAGGAAUGUGUGGUGCAUCCAGCGGCACUGGGCAACUGCCCCUCAUUAUGACCUCCGCCUCAGCUUGCGUGAUGGUCUUCAUAGCUGGGCCAUUCCCAAGGGCCUUGUAGGCUUGAGCCCCGGCGAGGUCCGAUUGGCGAUACAAACGGCGAUACAUCCGCCGAGCUAUCUUACGUUCGAAGGAGGCGAUCAAACGAGAGCAGGGCGAGGAACUCUGUUAUGGGAUGUCGGCUUCUACACAAUUGCAGAUUCCCGAGUAGACCCAGACAGUCCCAGUGACGAAGCCGAUCCAGAUGGGGCUUUCGAGAUGGAAAAGCUCGACUUGGCAUUGAAAAAGAUCUCGUCCGGCAAAAAGCGCAGCAUUCUCAUCUCGUUGCAAGGAGGAAGGAAGCUCAAUGGAAUUUCGUUCAUGCUUACCUACUCGGGACACGAUCACUACAAUAGCACGGGAGAGCGAAGGAGAGAUUGGCUUGUUCGCCUGCCUGCGGGCGUCGACGACCUCGAUUGGGAUGCGGAAGGGGAGGAGGGCCUCAGGUAUGGUCGCAGCGUGAAGAGUAAGAGAAGAAAGUGGCAUUAUAAUUGACGUUGCAGCAGGCCGCACAAUGAGCCAGGUGUGCGGUGUGGAGCUGUAGUAGAAGGAAGGUUGUCUGGCUCAACGCAGCUCGAAUGCCAACCUUGUUAGACACGCAGACGCAUGGAAGCUAUGCCUUAAAAUGGCAAACUCCACGGAUGAGAGCGAGAGACUCGGUCAUACAUAGAGAGGUCCGGGGGGUCCGCAACUUAAGACGCCUUGUGGGCUAUUCCCCGCAGGCGGACGUACAUUAUCU